CAGAUGGAGCUUUAUUGCAAGUGACAUAAAGGAAUUAUGCAUGUGCACUAUGUAAUACUAAGAGAACUGCCGUAGUCCAGCAAACUCUCCUAAAGAAGAAAAGAAAGAUAGUUCAGCAAAACCUCUCCUCUUAAUUAUACAAAUUAAUAUUCGUAUCACUAUCGACCUAGCUAGCCACCUUAUGGAUAUUCUUCUUCUCUUUCAACCCAAACACCAAUGGAGCAUGGGGAAGUUCUAGCAGAUUGCAUGGGAACCCAAAAGGCACAUUCAUCUCCUCCAACCCCUGAAUGCGUACAUGAGGUCUUCCUGAGUUUUAGGGGCGAGGACACCCGCGAUGGGUUUACGAAAUAUAUGUACACUGCUUUGAAAAGGAAAGGAAUCAAUACAUUUCGGGAUGACGAUAAACUUGAGAGGGGAAAGACCAUUAAACCAGAACUCUUGAAGGCAAUUGAGGAAUCGAAGUUGGCAGUCGUCAUUCUUUCAGAUGACUUUGCUUCUUCAACGUGGUGUUUAGAUGAGCUUGCGCAUAUCGUAAAGUGCAAUGAAGACAAGGGGCUUCAAAUUUUUCCAGUUUUCUAUUACGUUGAUCCAUCUGAGGUAAGAAAGCAAAGAACAGGAAAUUUUGGCAAGGCCCUUGCUAAGCAUGAAGAAGAUUUCAAGAACGAAAUCGGGAAGGUGGAAAGGUGGAGGGAAGCUUUAAAGCAUGUGUCGAAUAUCUCCGGAUGGCAUAUUCAGAAAGAAAGGUCUUAUGAAUCAGAAAUUAUUCAGGACAUUGCUCAAAAGAUUUUAGAUCUGUUGAAACCGUUACGUGCAAACAGGGAUUUGAUUGGAAUAGAUUGUCGGCUAAAGAAAGUGAUGCAGUUGUGCUUUGAUCCAGCGCCAUUAUCCAAUGAUGAUGUUCGCACAAUAGGGAUAUGGGGAGUUGGGGGCAUAGGAAAGACAAUUCUGGCACGACAAGCUUUUGAAAAGAUCGUGUUAGAGAGGAGUGAGGAAUUUAAACACAUAUGCUUUCUUGACCGUGUAAGAGAGGAAUGCGGAAAACAUGGCCGAGGUCUAGUUUACUUGCAAAAUUAUCUUUUUAAGACUCUGCCAGACAGCAAUAAAGAUGAUCGCAUACAAGACAUCCCUAAAGGGAAAGAGCUGUUAAGUGCAAGACUCCGUUUCCAUAAGGUGCUCAUCGUACUGGACGAUGUUGAUGAUUUUGAACAGAUCAAAGCUUUAGCAGAUUGUUCUUGGUUGAGUCCAGGAAGUCGAGUCAUUGUAACAACCAGAGACAAGACGACGUUAAAGAAGUGUCAAGUAAAUGAUGAUAAAAUAUACGAGGUUGAGAAACUGACUCCUGGAGAAGCUUUUCAGCUCUUCUGUCGGAAAGCCUUUAAGAAAAGUCAUGCUCCAGAUGAUCAUUAUAAAGACCUGUCUGACAAAUUUGUCGAGUAUGCCAGUGGCCUCCCAUUGGCUCUUCAAGUGCUAGGUUCAUACUUGAAUGAGGAAAAAGAUUGGGCAGAAGUGUUGGAUAAACUUAAAGAGUAUCCUGAAAAAGGCAUUGAUGGUGUGCUUGAAAUAAGUUGUCGUGGAUUAGAGCACACACAAAGGGAAAUCUUUUUAGACAUUGCGUGCUUCUUCAAUGGAGAGGAUGAAGUUCGUGUUAAAAAGAUACUAGAAAGUUGUGGCUUCUAUCCAAACAAUGGUAUACUUGACCUCGUUGAUAAGUCUCUAAUUACAAUUGAGCACAAUAAACUGUGGAUGCAUGAUUUACUACAACAAACGGGUCAACAAAUUGCUGUCAAAGAAUUUCCUAAAGAGCCGGGAAAACGUAGCAGGUUGUGGGUUAAUAACAAGGCUUACAAAGACAAAGAGUCGUGGCAUAAUGAAGUACUCACAGAAAAUACUGGAACAAAUCUUGUUGAAGGCAUGUUCCUAUGCUUGCCUGAGACGAGACAAAUAAAGUUGGAUGCUGACCCAUUCUCAAAAAUGUACAACCUAAGAUUGUUGAAGAUUUGUAAUGCGAACUUUUCCAAAUGCCCUGAAUAUUUCUCUAACAAGUUACGGCUUUUGGAAUGGCAUGAAUAUCCGUUAGAAUGUCUGCCAUCGAGUUUUGGACCACAUCAGCUCGUUGAACUCAAGAUGCCUAACAGCCGCAUUAAGCAGCUAUGGAAUGAAAGGCUUCCGCUGAUGGAAAAUUUGGUGCAAAUCGAUCUUUCCAACUCUCAAAGCUUGACAAAGACUCUGGACUUCAGUAUGGUCCCAAAUCUAGAGGAGCUGAUCCUUGAAGGCUGUGUGAAAUUAUUAGAGCUUCACUCGACAAUUGGGAGCCUGCAACACCUUCGUUUAUUGAAUUUAAAGGGUUGUGAAAGUCUAGAUAGCCUUCCCUCUAUCAGCUUGGGAUCCCUCAAAACUCUUAUUCUUUCGGGGUGUUCAAAACUCACUAAGUUCCCAGAGAUUGUGGGAAGCAUGGAAAAGUUGUCACGACUUUAUUUAGAUGGAACAGCUAUAAUAGAGCUGCCGGUAAAAUUCAAGAAGUUGAGAGGUCUUAUUUUGUUAAAUCUGAAAGGCUGCAAGAACCUUCAUUUGAGUCGUUCAAGCAUCCUUGGUAGUUUGACAUCUCUGAAAGAUCUCAAUUUGUCUGGCUGCUCGCAUGUUGAACUGCCUGAAAACAUAGGGAACUUGCAACAUUUGGAGGAGCUUGAUGCCUGUGACAGCGGCAUAAGAAAAGUUCCCUCCUCCAUUUCACGUCUGAAUAAGCUUAAACUAUUAUGUUUAAAUAGAUGUAAAGAUGAGCAAAUGGGUUUGCAGUUGCCUAACUCUUUCUCAGGUUUGACCUCAUUGUAUAGAUUAAAUCUAGGUCAAUGCGGUCUUGAGGAAAGAGCCAUCCCUGAUGAUAUUGACUGCUUAUCUUCAUUGUUGUAUUUGGAUUUGAGUGAAAACAAUUUUGUGAGCUUACCAGCAGGCAUCUCUCAACUUCCUGAGCUUAAACAACUUUCCUUGUUUAGGUGCAGAAAUCUAGAGUUGUUACCAAAAACUCUUCCAUCCAAGCUAACGCAUGUAUCUGCUCGUGAGUGCCCAAUGUUGAAAAAUUAUUCAAGUAAUUUGACAAUACGGGCUGAUGACGGUUUCUGUCACAUAGAUUGUGGAAACCCUUGCGAAAAUGAAGAGAACGAAGACUACAACCAUUUUCCACUUCCAAUUCCAGAAGACCAUGCUGAAACACACUUUCCUAAGUACAUUGAGGAGCGAAUAAAAAGUGAAGAGUCGUUUGAAUUGCGUUUUCCUCACAGUGCUAUAAUUCCCGACUGGUGUAGUGAAUAUUCAAGUCGGGAUUCUGUAACCAUCCAACUAUCUGAUAGCACGUGGAUAGGGUUUGCCCUGUUUGUUGUUUUUGAACUUCUCGUGAAGGAAGAUUUUGAUAACAGUUGGGAAAUGAAAGACACUUUUUGCCAUUUUAGCACCUCGGAAGAUCCUCUAGUCCUUCAUAAGUUUAAUAAUUUCAGAAAGGGGUCGUAUGGACUUUGUUGCUAUCAGCCACGAGGCAGGCAAUUUGCACGGCAAUUGAGUACAGAAAGUAGGCUACUUAAAGCUUCAGUUUCAACAAAUAGACCUGAUCUGAAAGUAAAAGGUUGCGCAUUACAACUAAUAUACCAAAAAGAUGCUGCAGCGUUUGUUCGCGAUUUAUCAGAAUCUGCUAAUGGACAUCUGAAUUUGAAUUUUGGUCGACAUUGUAAGGGAAUAUUGGAUCGGGCAAGGGAACUGAACAACUCUGGUGAGGUGACCGUAAUUGGCUCUAAUCUACAAGAGCUAGGAUCAACUUCAACUUCAAAUCAAGGCAGCAGUAGCCAAAGUACUACUUACUCUAACAUCGAGCAGUCAAAUGGGGAGUUACAGCUGUUGCUUUCAGCACUGUAUGAGGGAUGCAAUGGACGCGAGAAGAAUUUUCAUUUUAUUUUUUCUCAUCCUAUAAUUUCACGCUGGUUCAUCCAUCACUAUGCUGGAGGCGUAGCACUUUGUCACCUUCCUCAACACUUAUAUGAUGACAGGAGAUGGGUAGGAUUCGAACUAUAUGUUGUCCUUACCUGGUCUUCAUCUGAUUACAACAAUCCUCCCCAUUCUGCAUGGCUCCAUGUUGAUUUGUGUUCCCCUGAAGGUCGUAUAAUGCAUAGGUGCAUCAAAAUACACAACCUUGGACAAAAGCAACUAGUUGUUCUGCACAUCCCACGUGUUUGUUUUUCACAACACGAGUUGGAUCAAUGUCAAGGUGUUUGCGCUUUGUUUGGAACCAGUACCCUUGACGUGGAAGUCGAAGUGUGUGGGAGCCGUCUGGCAUAUGAGCAAGACUUGAAAGAGUUAAUCAAAGCAUUAGCAACUGAAUGCACAUUCAAGGGACCACUCGACCUACUUUAUGUGCAGGCACGAACAUAUGUUGAAAACAUGGUGGAAAGUCCACUUCGUGAAGCUUUGACGGUUCAACGUGAAGCACUAGUACCUCAAUUCAGAGAAAUCUGGGAAGUUUCUAAAUUGUUCUGGCAAGAUCUGCUUCUGAACUCAGGUCCUAAAGAACAAGUACAUGAACAAGAUUUCACUUCAAGAUUGGACUACUACAUGUGCUAUCUCGAACAAAAGCAAGUCCUUAUGGAACCACUUGGCCAUCUACUUGUCCAUUCCAAACACUAUCUUUUGGAAAAUGGGGAUUCCAUCCAACAACAUGAUGCGGAAAGAUAUUCAGAAUCAUUGGAUAGACAGUUAUACAUCAUGGCUGAGAAUCAACUCUCUGGAAGCUAUAAUAUAGCUGAGUGGAAAAAAAGUAUUGUGGUGUUGCUUCAAAUUUGGAAGGAGGCCAUUCUCAGUCUCAAAGGACAUACAAUCUCUGUUUUGAAGCAUUUCGAUCCUUCCGCACCAUACAACUUUUGUUUCCCUCAGAAGCAAAUUCUGGAGUGGUUUAAAAAUCAGAGUAGUAAGUCAUCCAAGAUCGGAAUGGAACUACCUCAGAAUCUGUACGAUGAUGAUAAUUGGAGGGGACUUGUGAUAUGUGCUGCAUUUUCAGUCCAUGAGCUUCCAACUGCUACCCUUGAAAAACUGGGUUCAGAAAUGACUGUCGAACUUAUGUGUCACUUAAGUACUGAGGAGUAUUGCUUGAACCCUAUUCCCAUUUGUUCCACAACUAAAGAGAAAUUCAAGUGGUUGCAUCUCCGCGGAUUUAUCUGGCUGACUUACAUACCCCGAAAUUUCCUGGCAGAAUUCAAGGACAUAACACUUGUACUAGCCAGAAUUUAUCAUGGUUGCCCAGGCUUGACUGUCGAGGAUACCGGUAUUCGUCUCUUAUACAAGCACGAAGUGGAGGAGCUAAAGCAAGCAAUGACCCAGUGCUGGACCUCCUUCUUUGACAAUUCAGACCUCAUCCGUCAAUUCGUAGAAGAAGAUGAAAUUAUUCAGUCGAGCGGUUGAUGAAUUUUGAACAAGGAAUGAUGUUCGGAGGACAUAUCAAGGACCACGGAUCCAUCGGGACUUUCAUAAGCAUUCCCCCAGGCUCAUAGUACUUCUGAAUUUAUGGAAUAAAUUUUCUAUGAUUGGCUGUUGAAGAGAACCAAUUAAAUAAGUGCAAAUAGUUUGCAUGGUUAGUGAAGUAGUGCCUCACUGUUUAAUUUUCGUCUUCCUUUUUGCCAGUUAGUACUACGACUUUGUCUUCAUGAGCUCCUUAUGAAUAAAGGGAUGCGUGUUGUACGUUUUAUUUAAUAUAUACAUAUUCCAGACUGAGUUAUUCAA